AUGGAAAAAGGUGAGAUGAGAAAGAGAGGCAAGGACCAAAAGGUGGACGCCGGGGAGCUAGUCAGCAAUAGUGUGGGUGUCAGGCAUCUAGUGGGCGCUAAAAGCAGUGAAACAGGCGCCAAAGGCGUGGGCGACAAUGUGCAAGGCCCUAUGGGCAGCGAAGCAAGCGAGGCAAGCAAGGGCACCAUAGGCAGCGUUGUAGCAAAUGCCUGGGCAGACAAGGCUGGUGCCAAGAACGCUGGUGUUAUUGGCAGAGCAAAGAAGGCGAGUAUCAUGGUCACCAAAGGUAGGCACUUGGAAGGGGCAAGCUUCAGAGCAGGUACGGGUGCUUGGGCACAAGUGGUGCAGGUUCGGGUAGAGCUAGGUGCUAGGUGUAACAAGGGCGUGGAUGAUUCAGGCAGCCAGACGAUGAAAGGUGUAAGUGGUACUAACAAUGGAAAGGAUUCCGAUAAGAGCGCAUUAGGCGGCAACAAGGAGGACGAUGACAACAAGAAUAACCAAAGUGUCAAGGAUGCUUGA